ACUUGGCCAUUCAAAUUCCAAAUUUACCAUUUCAUUUCAUCCCCCAAAAAACUAUGUGCUUCUCUAAUGGUGGAUAAACUUUGGCCAAGAUUUCUCUGCUCACAUUCAGCAAAACCAGUGGUAAAAGAAGGAGACAAUGAGAAAAACUGUAUGAAUUCUUUAAUCUAUCUCUGUCUCUGCAUUUCUUUACUUUUUUCAGUCACAAACAUCUAAGCCUAUCUCCAGAACUUGAUCAACAUUAGCAUAUUCAGUCAUGGCAGCAGCUCUGCUACAUUGGCUGACGCCACUUCAAUACUCUAAAUUGCAAAAAAGAAGAAAAGCUUAUUGUUUAAUCUCUCAAAUCCCAAACCUUCAUACCCUUUCAUUAAACAAAGGUUUUUCAAGAGUUUUAGCAUCAUCUCAAAUCACAAUAGCUCCUAAAGAAACUGUUUUUACACUGCCCAACUGGAAGGGUGGCAAGAGUGAUCCUAGAAACAAAGAACUUAGACUCAAUGAUGCAUUUCUUUACUUGGAAUAUAUGAUAGGUAAAGGUCAUAGGCCUGAUGUGUUUCAAGCUACUCAACUCUUAUAUGAUCUUUGCAAAACUAAUAAAAUUAGGAAAGCAAUUAAAGCAAUGGAGAUGAUGGUUUGCUCAGGUACAAUUCCUGAUUCAGCUUCUUAUACUUUCUUGAUAAAUCAGUUGUGUAAGAGAGGGAAUGUUGGGUAUGCAAUGCAAUUAGUAGAUAAGUUGGAAGAAUUUGGUUGUCCACCAAAUACUGUCACUUAUAAUUCACUUGUUAGAGGUCUUUGUAUUCAUGGGAAUCUGCAGCAUAGUUUGCAAGUUUUGGAUAGGUUGAUGCAAAAAGGACUAGUCCCGAAUGUGUUUACGUAUUCGUUCUUGCUUGAAGCUGCGUACAAAGAUAGAGGAGUAGAUGAAGCUGUAAGACUCUUAGAUGAGAUUAUUGCUAAAGGUGGUAAGCCUAAUUUGGUUAGUUACAAUGUUUUGUUAACCGGGUUCUGCAAAGAAGGUAGAACCGACGAAGCCGUUGAAUUCUUUAGGAACUUGCCUUCAAAGGGUUUUGAUCCGAAUGUCGUGAGCUACAACAUUGUGUUGAGAAGUAUGUGCUAUGAAGGAAGAUGGGAUGAAGCAAAUGUGCUAUUGUCUGAGAUGGUUGGUGAAACUCGUUCUCCGUCUGUCAUCACGUAUAAUAUCUUAAUUAGCUCACUUGCCCUCCAUGGGAGAACUGAUGACGCUCUCGAGGUCCUGGAAGAAAUGAUGCGAAGUCGAUUUAAGCCCAAUGCCACAAGCUAUAAUCCGAUAAUUGCGCAGUUCUGCAAAGAAGGGAAGGUUGAUUUUGUGGUCAAGUGUUUAGAUCAGAUGAUUUAUAGGCAUGUUAAUCCUAAUGAUGGGACUUAUAAUGCUCUCGCUGUGCUUUGCGAGGAAGGAAAGGUUCAAGAAGCUUUUCUCAUAUUCCAGAGCUUGGGUCAUAAACAGAGAUCGUCUCCGCAUGACUUCUACAAGAAUGUCAUUUCAAGUCUGUGCCGCAAAGGGAAUACUUAUGCAGCAUUUCAGCUUCUAUACGAGAUGACAAAGAGUGGGUUUACCCCGGAUUCUUAUACUAAUUCUUCAUUGAUCAGGGGAUUAUGUUUGGAGGGAAUGUUAGAUGAAGCUAAGGAAAUAUUUACAGUCAUGGAAGAAAAUGAGUAUAUGCCAGAAAUCGACAAUUACAAUGCACUUAUACUAGGUUUGUGUAAAUCUCAGAGAACGGAUUUAUCAUUAGAGAUUUUCGAGAGCAUGAUACACAAAGGAUACAUGCCUAAUGAAACAACUUAUACUAUUUUAGUUGAAGGAAUUGCUCAUGAGGAAGAAAUGGAAAUGGCUGCUGAAGUUUUGAGAGAAUUGUAUCAGAGAAAUGUUGUAAGUAGGAGUACUGUCGAGAGACUUGCAAUGCAAUAUGAUCUCGAUUGACUUGCAGUCUCUCUUCAGCUUCGGACGGAAAUAGAGCAAGAGAAGAUAUGACUGUUAAGUACACCAUUCAUAGACUAAAAACCAAUUGUUAGUAAUUGGAGUAUGAAGUUUGUGUAGUGAUGAAGGAAGAUUUACGAACUCAAGUUGUUACUUGAAGAACAUGACUUUGGCUCCAAAUGUUUCAAAAUGGAGACUGACUGCACAAUGCAACAUGAAGUUUACAAAUUAUGUUGGCUCUCCUGCGGAUUGUGUAACAAAUGUUUUAGGUGGCUGUGGGAGAUGCAACAAGAAAUCAUGUCAUAUUUACAUUUCUAGUUAGGCUCUGGAUGUAAAAUGAGGAUGAACUAUCUUUUCUAUAUAUAAAAAUGAAGAGGAUAUAAAAAUUAUCUGAAUUUUAUGUCUGCA